UCUACAACCUGCAAGGCUCUGCAAGGUGACAAUGAUGAAGUUCCCUUUUGGUCCUUCCCUGUCCUGCACCUCUCCCGGUCAAUUCAAGAAGGUCCACAAAUUUCUGCGUUAAGCAGCUAGGGUGAGGGGGCUGCCAUAUGAUUGGUACUGGUAUGUGAGUAUGUGCUUCCACGAAAUGCUGAUGUUUUUCCGAUCGCAAGGCCAUCGACCAAAUCGAUAGAAUCGAUGAGAUUGAGGCUGACAGCCCAACUUCGAACUGCGGCACUGGCAGUACUAUGCUGUCCAACGCAUUGAACGCAUUGGCUUCCAAAAGCACGCAGCAAGGCAAGCCAAGUAAACACAUCUUCCCGCCAACCCGGCUUGGCAGCUUGGCAGCUGGCCUACGCUCCCAGAAUGAUUUUGAGCAGGGCUUCGAGGCUGAAUUUGCUACAAGUGGUUUUACGCGGCCUCUAGGUUUUGAGGUGCGGGAUGCAUCCCAUGUAGAAGGCGCUUUUGAAGCUUCUUUUGGUUUGGAAGAAGCUGACACCGUGGAGAGAACCGAAGUCGGCCUGGAUGCAACCUCACGGGUGCUCAUCGCUCAGCUGUCUGAUCUCCCCGAGGAUGAAUUUACAGAGGCUGUCGGCCGCUUCGGGGAGGAGGUCGCGUUGAAGGUGCUCAAACAACGCGGAUUUGAUAUCAUUUGGGUCAACCAAUAUGCAGAAACAGGCUUGCCUUUUGAUUUCUUGGUCCGGCCAAGCAGUACAUGUUCGUUUCCGCCCGCUAUGGCCAAGCUAUGCUCCACAAAAUCCGAGGAGGAGGUGCCUUCCCUCCAAAUGAUUGAGGCGGGCGCACUAGUCAACAGUAUUUUUGGUGGAGGUCAAGACAAGUCUCACAUCAAAUGCUCACACCUUCGACAUCAGCCCAACGCAGUUGUCCAUGGCCAGAUGCCUGGGCAAGCGCUAUUGGCUCGCAGUGGUGAGGAAAGUGUCUGAAAGCUUGGGGCAAGUUCAGCUACACAAGGAUUUAGACGAUGCAAUUAGAAAAGGACGAGUGAAGUUGCUUUUGGUGGCAUGAACUUCAGGAUUCAGUGCAGGUUUCCUGGCAUCGGCCCCGAUCUUGCUUCCACUGAAAGCUUCACGUCUAUUGACUAUUGAGAACAAUGGAGAGGAAUUGCCAAUGCUUUGGCUGGUCCAAGCUGGGGUAUUGUGCAAAUGCUGUGUACAUGAACUUGAACUGCCCAAAGAGCUGCAAAUGUGGCAGUAAGGGCAGGCCAAACUGCAACAGCCUCAAUCAGCCACGCUGCCAACCACUGGUCUACAUGCAGUGCUGCAGUGCUCGGUGCUACGGGCUCGGCAAGGAUCUCCUGGUCUAGGCAAACCCGAGUACUCGAUCAGAGUCACUGAGCAGUGUGCUUGUUGAAGCAAAUUCGGACUUGGGCGGCUCAAGUUUCAGAACAAUGCUCCUUCUUUGCAUGGUGUGCAUCAUCAGCCUUGUGCCAGUAGAUUGCUUUUCCUCCAAUUCGCUCCCAGUCAAUUGCUGGCAUGUCCUUGAAGCCUCCACCUUGACUGGAGAAUGCAAGAUGACGGAUACUACACCAGCAAGCCUAACGACAAGGAUAUGUUCAAUAAUUCUAAG